AUGGGGGAUAUCUCUCCAGAGAAGAAAUCAGGCUGUGGCAUAUUGAAUGCAGUUUUCGGACGUGGCAGUAUAUGGCCUAGAAGAACCACUUCCACAGGUUCACUUCCCGCGGUGAAUGUCAUCGAUAUUCCGAGAGUUACGAGCACACCAAACUCAAAAAGGCGACGAGGCGGUUCAGAUGAGGCUGCUUUCCUCGACCCGAAUUGUGUUUCAUCAGAAGCAUCACAAAAACAAAUUGAUAAAGUCAUUGCUAGACCACCGGCAAACCAUCCAAAGACCCCUCCAAUAUGUCAGAACCAAACCCCACCUGUAUACCCUCAAAAUCAAGGGAGGAAAAUUCCCGAUGAAUCAAAGACGAGAAGGGUACCGGUACCACCGGGGGCAAUUGGCAUCUCUGGUGAGCUUGAAAGCAUGAUCAAUGAUCAUCAGAGGACAAAAGGUUCUAGUACACUAGUGCGAGCUUCAUCAGGCAAUGUAAUGUUGUUAGGCAAUUUGGGUAACUUGAGACAACCAGGAGGCAAUUGUAAAUCACCCUCAAACAAGGUUCUUGAUUAUCUUCCAAAAACUGCAAAAGAGGAACAUCCACUACCUAAUGGAAAAUACCCAAAUAGUGUAAUGGGAAAUGUAGUGAAGAAAUCCAACGAAGAACAAAAACCAACGUCCCUUUGUCGAGCUCUUUCAACUAGGAUGGAUCCUGAGCAGUUGAAGAUUUUGGGCAAUGAAGAUUAUAAGAAUGGGAGGUUUGCAGAAGCUUUGGCUUUGUAUAAUGCAGCAAUUUCUAUUGACCCAAACAAGGCCUCUUAUAGAAGCAAUAAAAGUGCGGCAUUGACUGCCCUUGGUAGGCUUCUUGAGGCUGUGUUUGAGUGCAGAGAAGCCAUCCGGAUUGAACCUUACUAUCAAAGAGCUCAUAACCGUCUGGCAACCCUAUACCUCAGAUUAGGAGAAGUGGAGAAGGCCAUGUAUCAUUACAAACAUGCAGGAGCUGAAUCGGACCCUGAAAUUAUCAGUAAAGCCAAAAAAGUUCAGGUUCAUCUUAACAAGUGCACCGAGGCCAAGAAGCAACGAGAUUGGAACAGCCUGCUAAAAGAAACUGGUUAUGCUAUAUCAACUGGUGCAGAUUCUGCACCACAGAUAUUUGCUUUAAAAGCCGAGGCCUUGUUGAAGCUCCGUAGGCACCAAGAGGCAGACGAGGCUUUGGCAAAUGGUCCAAAUUUUGACGUCGAUGACUGUAGUAAAUUCUUUGGCCCUAUUGGUUUUGCUACUCUAUUAUUGAUCCGGGCUCAGAUCCACAUGGCUGCCGGCAGAUUUGAAGAUGCUGUUUCCGCAGCUCAACGAGCAGCUCGGCUCGACUCAAACAACAAAGAAGUGAACAUGGUAACCAGGAGAACAAGGGCCGUGACAAGUGCUAGAUCAAAUGGUAAUGAACUUUUCAAGGCAUCAAGAUACUCCGAGGCAAGUGUUGCUUAUGGGGAGGGACUCGACCACGACCCCUACAACUCGGUUUUGUUAUGCAACAGAGCCGCCUGCCGGUCCAAACUCGGCCAAUUCGAGAAAGCAAUCGAGGAUUGCAACUCCGCCCUUAAUGUCCGCCCAUCUUAUAGUAAGGCCAGAUUAAGAAGAGCCGAUUGCAAUGCCAAGUUGGAAAAAUGGGAAGCUUGUAUACAAGAUUAUGAGGUGUUGAAAAGAGAAACACCAGAAAAUGUGGAUGUAAGCCAGGCGUUAGAGGCGGCUCAGGUGCAGCUCAGGAAACAGCGUGGAGGCCAAGACUUGAAGGGCAUGAAAGAUGGUGGUGGUGGCCAAUGA